AUGGUUUCGCAACGGCGCGUUCGCUUGAUCGCAAUUGCGGUCAUGGCGAUCUUGGUGAUGAUGUUCUAUUAUUCGGGCGAAGCAAGCAAGAUCCAAAACCAAAAGUUCUACCGCUCCACACUGGCCGCUAUGCGAGCCAAAGAGGAGGCGAAAAACACAAAGUCACAUGAGAACAGCCAUUUCUCAGGCUCGCAGAAACCUGGCAACGGCGCUGGCGCCGGCGCCGCAGGCUCAAAGGCGAUCAUUGAUGAUGCGGAGAGACCCGCAGUCCCAGUCGCCAAGGUCGCAGACAGCAAGAGUGACGAUAUCGAAGAGAUUCCGAUUGCGGGACGGACGAAGAUGACAAUUCCAAAAGCCAAGGGUGGACAGGACGCGUCAGCGAAGACGGAGCACGUCCAGGGGAAAGAUCAGGCAGAGGGGAAGGACGAGAAGCAGGAGACCCCGGAGCAAGAGGAUGCGAAGAGCGUCUUGAAUGAUAUCUUGAAGAGAGCUCCAGUGAUCAUCUUUUCCAAGUCGUAUUGUCCGCACAGCAAGAGAGCCAAGGACAUCCUGCUGGGCCAUUACGAUAUCUCCCCAGCGCCAUUCGUUGUCGAGCUGGAUCAGCACCCGAUCGGACCGGCAUUGCAGCAGCUUUUACGGGAGACAACUGGCCGGGGAACGGUGCCCAAUGUCAUGGUCAAUGGGAAGAGUAUUGGAGGUGGAGACGAUAUGGCGGCCUUGGACCACAGCGAUGAGCUGGGCCCGAAACUACGACAAAUGGGCGGGAAGUGGCUGUCGAGCGCCCCCGAUCUUUUCGGCAGCCCACCGUGGGGCCCGGCGCUAGAUCACGUGGUGAUAAUCCUACCCGAUAAGCAACCCUACGCUAAUCCGGAACAGGCCCUAAGCGACGCACAAUCCCGUGACGUUCAAUUUCGCUCCACCAUCAAGUCCAUCCCGAAUUUCGACUCUCCCGACAACGACAAUUCAACCCCCUCGGCCAAUUCCACCCACGCAGUCAAGAUGCGGUACAUUCACUCCGAGGAACGGCUGCCCAUUCCGGACAAUGUGAAGGUUCACAUUCGUUCGCGGGUUGUGACCGUCGAGGGCCCCCGUGGCAAGCUCGUCAAGGACCUGUCCCACAUCGCCGUUACCUUCGGUCGCCCCGAGAAGAACAUCAUCUCGAUCGAGCUGCACCACGGUGCUCGCAAGGGUGUUGCUACCCUCCGCACCGUCCGCACCAUCAUCAACAACUUGAUCAUCGGUGUUACCCGUGGCUUCCUGUACAAGAUGCGCUACGUCUACGCCCAUUUCCCCAUCAACGUCAACCUCGAGAAGAACGCUGAGACCGGCGGCACCGACAUCGAGAUCCGCAACUUCCUGGGUGAGAAGUUCGUUCGCCGCGUUUCUGCCCGCCCCGGCGUCGACAUCAUCACCUCCCCCAACGUCAAGGACGAGCUCCAGCUCUCCGGUAACUCCCUGGAGGAUGUGUCCCAGAGCGCCGCCGAUAUCCAGCAGAUCUGCCGUGUCCGAAACAAGGAUAUCCGUAAGUUCUUGGACGGUCUGUACGUUUCUGAGCGGGGCAACAUCAUUGAGGAGUAA